AUGGCCUGGGGAAUCGUUCAAGGCUUGGACAAGACAAUGGGCUCCAUGGACAAAAUGGAGUCUUAUUCUGAAAAGAGAAUCCUUUCUGCUUCAAAUCCUUCGGUACUAGCAGUACCUUCUAAGCCAUUCUCUAAUCAUGAGAACAAGUCUUACACAAGGGCUGGCUUCGAUGAGUGCAGUUUUUGUAAGCAGAAAGGUCAUUGGAAGGCUCAGUGUCCUAAGUUGAGACAUCAGAAUCAAGCUUGGAAGUCUGGUAGCCAGUCACAAUCUAAUGCUCAUAGACCACCUCAGGGUUAUAAACCACCACACCACAAUACCGCAGCAGUAGCUUUCCCAGGCUCUAUUACCGAUCCUAAUACUUUGGCUGAGCAAUUUCAGAAGUUUCUCUCCUUGCAGCCACAAACAAUGUCUGCUUCUUCUUCCAUAGGUCAGUUGCCUCAUAGUUCCUCAGGAUCUGCAGUCUCAGAAGUUGAUUGGGACAGGCCGUAGGGAGAAUGGACUAUAUAUUUUGGAUGAGUUAAAAGUGCCAGUUGCUGCUGCCGCUGCUGCUACUACUACUGUUGAUUUGUCUUCCUUUCGUUUGAGUCUUUCAUCUUCUAGUUUUUAUUUAUGGCAUUCUCGUCUAGGUCAUGUUUCGUCUUCUCGUUUGAGAUUUUUGGCAUCCAUAGAAGCUUUAGGAAAUUUAAAAACUUGUGACAUUUCUGAUUAUAGUGGAUGUAAACUAGCAAAA